CAUUUAUAUCACCUCCAAAUCUGCUUCCAUAAGUUAGUGUCCGGAAAUCGAGAAUGGUUAGCAUAAACCUCUUGAUCUUGUUGUGUGGCUUGCUAUGUAUAAGUUGUAAUGCUGAUUCAAAUUCGCUUUGCAAAAGUAACCGUCCCGAGCUUGAUCUGCAAUCCGUCAUCGACAGUCUCAUCCAGCAACAGAGAAAGCUCUGCACGUAUCAGUGUCUGACGAACGAAGAGAAGAACAGUGUCAAAGCUCUGAAGAAUCAAGUAGAGAAUGUCACUAAUCUCUUAUUUCAUCCUCCACUGAUCUAUAACAACAAGAAGUACGUCAUCUCCAAGUUUCCUUACCAAAGUUCUGAUGAAGCCAUGACAUACUGCACAGCUUUUGGCGGCUACCUGGCAGAAGUUAAUGACAACAAAGAGUACACGGCCUUGCAAAAUUUUGUUCUAAAUACACCGGCAGUAGACAUUGUGCUCAUCGCUGGGUCUGACGCCAUAGCAGAAGGAACCUGGAGGUUUCAGAGAACUGGUGGGCCAGUGCCAAUUUUAGAUUGGAUUCCAGGACAGCCUGAUAAUUUGGGAGAGGAAGAUUGCUUGAAUUUGUGGAAAAACUACGGCGGUAAGAUGAAUGACCUACCCUGUGGUUUCAGGAGUUCUGAAGACAGGUUUAUGUGUGAGCUACCUAAAUAGCUUAUACGCACGCUUUGUUGUGAGCUAUAUGAUUAAUAAAAUAUUCAUGGCAAUA